UCUCAGAGCGGCGCUACCUCGCCGUCGAGGGAGGGGACGCCGCCGCCGCUGCCCCCGCGACCGCGACCGCAGCUGGGCGUGCCGACCGGCUCUUCCCUUUCACGGCCAGCGUCGUCGCACUCGAUAGCACGGCAGCCCUCUCGGCCGCAGCUGGUCUCGAAAGCCACCACCCAGCUCUCUGUGACCAACACCCAGGCUUACGGCAGCGACUCACGGGACGACGCCGCCUCGCCAGCAUCCUCGGUACCGCGACACGUGCUCCCCGACCUGCCCUCGAGUACCACGAGCGAUGCUGAUGACGGCGCGAGCACAAGAAGCUAUGCGCCCACAAUCGCAGAGGCUGGCGGGGCGAGCAUGCUGGGCGAGAUCGCAGACGCUCCCGAGAAGUCGAAGCAGGAGGAGACACUGCUGCGCUCGCUCGGCCACGGAUUCGGCGAUGCAGAAAGGCAGAGCUUGUUCCCACCUGACCCUGACUUUGAGUUGGCCUUUGGCCGUGAGUUUGAGGAUGUAGAUGACAUGGCCGCAGACGGGUCAAACGAAGAACAAGUCAUGCUGCAAUGGCGAGCAAAGCUGAAGCACUUCCUGAUCCUCUCAAGCGCUGGGAAGCCCAUCUACAGUCGACACGGCGACGACCAGCUGAUUACAAACUACAUCGGCGUGGUCCAGACGAUCAUCUCGUUCUACCAGUCCACCAAGGACAGCCUCCGCGGCUUCACAGCGGGCCACGUUCGAUUCGUGGUCAUGUCAAAAGGGCCGCUUAACCUCGUCGCCAUCACACGGCUGCCCGAGAGUGACUCCCAGCUUCGCACCCAGCUCGAGGCGCUGUACAUGCAGAUCCUCUCCACUCUCACGCUCCCUAGCAUGGAGCGCAUGUUCGCAGCACGCGCCAACUACGAUCUCCGCCGACCGUUGCAAGGCACCGAAACGCUCCUAUCCGCACUUGCGGACGGGUUCACUAGGGGCUCGCCCUCGACGUUACUUUCCGCGCUCGAGUGCCUGAAGCUAAGGAAGUCUCACCGAAACACCAUCGACAAUACUCUAUUAAAGACGCGCUGUGAGAAGCUCCUUUACGGUCUUAUUGUCGCAUCAGGAAAAUUGGUGUCCGUCGUACGGCCGAAAAAGCACUCUCUGCACCCCGGUGAUCUGCAUUUGAUCUUCAACAUGCUCUUCGAAGCGGGCAGUGUCAAAGCUGGGGGCGGUGAGAAUUGGAUACCACUUUGCUUACCGGGCUUCAACAAUACAGGGUAUCUGUACAUGUACGUGAGCUUCCUGAACCUGGAGAAUCCUGGGGAGCAGAGGGAAGAACGACCGAGGACGAGAGACGGCGGCGACGACGAGGUCGCAGUGCUGUUGAUCAGUGCGGACAAGGAGAGCUUCUUCGAGAUGCGGAAGAUGCGAGACAAUCUUGUUGAGGCUCUCAAAUCCAACAACAGCACCUCGCACAUGGCGGCCGCCGUGAGCCUAGGCAGGCCGCUCUGCACCGCGAUCGUCCCCGGCACGCCGCUGCGCCACUUUCUGUACAAGUCGCGGGGCAACGUGCAGUUCUGCAUGCCGUCGUUCGAGCCGCACUUUGCCUCGCCGCUCGAACGGCGCCGUCUGCUCGCGCUGUAUGCAAGGUUGCACGCCGCGCUGCACGCGAAGCCCGCGGGCGUCAAGGUGCACCACGAGACGGGCGGGUGCUGGACGGCGCUCGCGUGGAGCACGCCGCUGUUCGAGCUGUACGGCGUGGCGCCGGCGGGCACGAGUCGGGCAGCGCUGGCGCUGGGAGCCAUGGGGGUGGUGCGG